AUGGCCAACAACGAUGCACGGGGCUGGGUGAUGAGCGCCGUCUCGGGCGUUGCCUGCGUCCUCGGAGCCACCGUCAUUUGCGCGGAUGUGGUGCUGCGGCGGAUCAUGCACGACAAGAGCUUCCAGAUUGCAAAAAGCAACAACUUCCUGUCGGCCUCUUUAUGCCUCAGUGCGGGUGUAAUGCUCUUCACCUCUCUCUAUAGUAUGCUCCCGAACUCCAAAGAGUAUCUCACACGUGCUGGGUUCUCUUCACCUGCGUCGGCAUAUAUAUUGACCGGUCUCUUCUUGGCCGGUGUCAUCGUGAUCCAAUUUGUAUCGGGGUUUAUUCACCGCUUCAUACCUUCCCAUGUUGUGGACUGCGCGCAUACUCACGAGCCGGACAAUGAUCCCGAGCGCGGCGAGGGCUCCCGGGGAGAGCUGCCCGAUCACCAUACAAACGGCAGCAACGAGAGGACUCCUCUCCUCCAGACCAACCAUACCCAGUCUUUCACUUCGACCCCCGCCGUGCUACAACGGACGAAUCCUGCAUCUAAAGCUGUGAGGCCAGGAUCUUUACGUACUGCCCUCUCGCGGCGGCUGACUUCGUUGAUGGGUGGCGUCAAGACAACCUGUGAUGAAGACGGCCCCUGCUAUGGAGUUUCCCAGAAAUGUGGCCGCGAGUGUACCAAAAUCCUCCCCAACUCUUCCUCAUUGCCACCACAUCCAGGCCUCGUCACGCAGUCCGACGACACGCAUAGUGAGGCUGAUGCCAACCUCGACUCUACUAAAACUACAUCCAAUCCCGGGUAUUUUGAUGCGGUCACUGGAAAACACCCCAGACACCCUAUCACAGCUCCUGAGAGCUCAGUCCAUGCCCAACCUCUUUCGCGGCCCCACAUCAGCAAAUCCCAAGUUGUUGAACAUAACUCCCACCACAGCCAUCAUCAUGAAAGUAAUCAUCAUCAAGAAAACGGAGAGGAUCCUCAUUCUUUAAAGUCCGGUGGCGAUACUCACCAUCACCAUGUGCCACAGAAUGCUUUCCUCUCAAUUGGUCUUCAGACAUCCCUGGCGAUUGCCCUGCACAAACUACCUGAAGGCUUCAUCACCUAUGCUACAAACCAUGCGAAUCCGACCCUAGGCUUUACAGUAUUCCUUGCGCUUUUUAUCCACAACAUUGUUGAAGGAUUUGCGAUGGCCCUACCCCUCUAUCUUGCCUUGAGCUCUCGCUGGAAGGCGAUGUUUUGGUCCAGCCUUCUAGGUGGUAUCAGUCAGCCUGCUGGGGCUGGAAUAGCUGCUUUGUGGAUCUGGGUAUCCGGCCGUACCAGCCAAGAUCCAUCAGGUCCUUCUUGGGGCAUUUAUGGAGGAAUGUUCGCAGCCACCGCUGGUGUCAUGACUUCCGUUGCGCUGCAGUUGUUUAGCGAAGGACUUGGUCUGACCCAUCGCCGGGGCGUGGGAAUUGGGUUCGCUGUUGCUGGCAUGGGGCUUAUGGGAUUGAGCUUUGCUUUGACAGCCUGA